AUGGAACUUUCGACAAGGUUAACAAAUUCUCAAGCACGAUAUCAGCAAGAAACAGAUAGUGUUAGUUCUAUGGAAUCUACAAACAACAGUAGUUACUUAAAAGAAUCAGAAAUCACUAAAGAACCAGCUCAACCAGAAUCUGCACAAAUAGCAACAUGUUAUCAUUCGCUUUCUUCACGUCCUCACAGUUUUCCAUAUGAACCAACAACAAUAAUUGAUGAUCGUCUUCGUGAAUUAACUCUCAAAUAUGAAAUUCGACAAGAAUUAGGUGAAUAUCUUCGUAAACUUGAAGAAUAUGAAAUAAUUAUUCUUUGUGAUGAUUCUGGUUCAAUGACAACAACGGUAGAUGGAACUGAUCGUACUCGAUGGGAUGAACUUUGUCACAUUGUUAAAAUUGUUUUAGAAAUUGGUGUUAUAUUUGAUUCAAGUGGUGUGGAUAUUUAUUUCCUUAAUAGACGAUCUGUUCACAAUGUUACAGAUCCUCAAACAGUUAAUCAAAUAUUCGCUAAACUACCACGUGGUUAUACACCAUUGGUAACUGCUUUAGAACAUAUUUUUCGAUUACCAGCAACUCGUCGAGGUGGUGAUAAAAAAGUUCUUGUUUUUAUUGCAACUGAUGGAGCAUCUACAGAUGAUAAAGGAAAUAUUAAUGUUCAAGAUCUUGAAUAUUUAAUGAAUGAAGGACGUCAAACAGAAACCACUCAUGUUAUGUUUUUAAUAUGUACUGAUGAUCCAACCUGUGUUGAUUAUUUAAAUGAAUGGAAAAGAAUAAUGAAAAAUGUUGAUGUUACAGAUGAUUAUAAAACUGAAAGAGAAAAAAUUCGACAAUGUCAUGGAUUAAAUGUUCCAUUUUCAAUUGGAGAUUAUAUUGUUAAAGCAUUAGUUGGUGCUAUUGAUCCAAAAAUAAAACAUAUUUAA